CCACGGCCACCCUUCUUGUCGUUGUUGUGAGAAACGAAAUCCAUUAAGGAAGUUCAAAGAAGAUGAUGUCGAGCGGUGGCUACACCACCGUUGACGACGACCACAAGAAGAACAGCGUCGUCUCCGGAUCCGUCCCGGUAGCUGUCUCCGAUCCGGAUCACGUGACCCUCAAAUUCACAGAGUCCAAACUGCAGACCUUUCCACCUUCAUCCGAGUCCCAGGGCAAGAUCGCCGCCGUCUUCCGCCCCCCUUCCGAUGCCGACGAUAGCUUUUCAAAGCCAGCUCGCGGGAUCUCAGAUGAGCCCCGAUCGACGGGAUGGAUGCAUGCUUUCACCGUCGGUGCAUACAAGCCGUACUUUGAUGUGGAUACGUCUGAUGUCUUACAAAGGAUCAGAGACUCCCUUUUCCCAUUCAGGGGGACCUUCACCGAGAAUACGGCAGAUAAUCCGGACCUGUAUGGCCCAUUCUGGAUAUGCACCACUUUGAUCUUUGUGGCGGCUGCUAUUGGCACAUUUGUCACUUAUGUGGCACAUGAGUUGCAGAAGAAAGAGUGGAACUACGACAUUAACCUGGUCACGUGGUCUGCUGGUUUAUUCUAUGGCUAUGUCACCUUGGUCCCUCUUGGUUUAUACGCUAUACUUAAGUACUUUUCAGCACCAUCCGGGCUCAUUCAGCUUUGGUGUCUAUAUGGAUAUUCCUUAUUUGUUUUCAUUCCUGCCUCGUGUCUCUCCAUUGUACCUGUAGAAAUCUUCAGAUGGGUGAUUGCUGGUGUUGCCGGAUUCAUGUCUGCAACUUUUGUUGCCCUCAAUCUUCGUACACACAUCAAAUCUGCUGGGGAGAGAUGGUUCCUGAUUGUUGCUGGAAUAUUUUUGUUGCAGUUAGGUCUUGCGGUAGUUUUGAAGCUCUACUUCUUCACCAUUACAGUGGGAACGAAUUAAUAUGCUCUGUUCACUUUUUGCAACACCAGACUUCUUGGCAUCCAGCAUGGUGGUGCCCAGCACUCUUUAACCAAACACAUCUUUAAACUUUAUUCCAUUCUAAGUUUAUCUUAUGAUUGUAUUAGCCAUAAAAUUAGUGUCUUCAUAGAAAUCAGAUGAAUUCUCAACCCCAUGGAACAAUCUUUCUUGGAGAAAGCUUGGUUAUAGUAUCUGAGGGGGUCGUAUGAAAAAUGACAAACAUCUACAUAGUCAUGUUGUUGAAUGAUGUAUUUAGAUUAGUCUGUCUGGCAUUCUUUUGUCUCGA